AUGGAGGUGAAGAAAGCAGGGGCGUCGUUGGAUUCGGUGAUCUCAGGGUUCAACCGUCGGAUCGCGGAGCUUCAAGACCUCGUCAUUGCGCGAAACAUGUAUCCGGCGAGCAGCGUCACCGAUUUGUCGGCCGUUGACGCCGCAGUGAAGGCCAUGGAGCUUCAGGUUCAGGCCAUCAAGGACAGCCUCCGCGACGAAACCCUAGCCAUCCCCAAAGCCAAAAAACUCAUCGAUGCGGCGGUGAAGCAGCAAAAGAAAUUGCAGGACCUGUCAAUUUAUGUGCCCUCACAUAUUCCUGAAAGAAUGUCUAUGUUGGGUUUGGACACUAAUAGAUGUUUAUUCCCAGAAGGCUCUCAACAAAACACCGGUUUCGAGUCGUUGAAGCUUGAGGAAGUGCCAGCAGCACUACCUAAGGAGAAAAAGGGUCGUUCCACUCCACCACUGUGGUUCAUAACUGCUGAAGAGCUGGAUUCCCUGUCAGCAUACAUGAGAGGAAGGCUUACUGUAGAAAAGAUCAAUGCAGCUAUCAAUGACAUGGCAACAUAUGCUGAAGCAAAUUCUCAGCUUAUAUCUGCCCCGAAGAAGAGGGUGGCAGGAGAUAGUUGGGAAAAGGCCCUGGAACUGAGAGAUAUUGCAAUGACAGAAGCAGUAAAGGGAAAACACUUCUUUCUCGAAACUGACAUGAAAGGACCAGCCUUGAAGCCUGACAACACUGGAAAAGCAAUACUAACUGUCCUUCGUCACCUUGGUCGUGUAAGUGAGACACGGAUUGGGCCUCAUCGAGUGAUCAUUCUUUUGAAGCGUCAUUGA